CCUUCAGCCCCUCACACCCUCCACGCUCUCUCUCUCUCUCUCUCUCACAAUUUCUCUCCUUCAAAAUUCCCCAUUGUUUAUUCUCUUUCUUCCAGACUUGAAAGCAUGAAACAACUGAUCCGCCGGCUCUCCCGAGUUGCCGACUCGUCCCAGUACUGCCUGCUGCGCUCCGACUCCAAUCAGGUGCGCCGAGCGCGGCAGCCACGGCGGGCGGAGUCCUUCCGAGUCAAGCUGCGGCGCUCGUCGUCCAAUUCCCCGGUGGUACCCGAGGGCCAUGUGCCCGUCUACGUGGGCGACGAGAUGGAGCGGUUCGUGGUGUCGGCCGAGCUCCUGAACCACCCAAUCUUCGUGAAGCUGCUCAACAAGUCAGCCCAGGAGUACGGGUACGAGCAGAAGGGCGUGCUCCGCAUCCCCUGCCACGUGCUAGUCUUCGAGCGCGUCCUCGAGGCCCUCCGCCUCGGCCACGACCACUCGCGUGACCUCCAGGACCUCCUCAAUUCCUUGAUCUCCUCCGACGACUUCUUCUAAAGGAUUUCGCUUUUUCUUGUUCUUUUUUUUCGUUUUCACUUCUCAAAGACUGUCAGUGAGCUUAGGUGAGAGAAAGAGAGAGUCAGAUAGACCUCGCAUGGUAAUCCAGGGAGAUCGUGUCGGUUAUUUUUUUUUUCCUCCUUUUUGUAAAUAUUUUGCGAUCUUCGUCCUCCACUCGUCUUCAGAAAGAAAGAGAUGCAGAAAAUAUAGGGUUUUGUUUCUUGUGCUUUGGUUGUAAAGAUGAAAAGAAUAUCUGUAGCUGUAAGCAAUGCAGUGCUUGUUCUUUGUUGAUUUUUUUUUUUUUUUUUGCUCCAGUUUUGGAUUUAUUCAUAUGUGGGUGGUUUGUGUUUGUUUCCUCGGAUAAUGAUGGGAAAAGGAAAGAAAAGAAAAGAAAGAUCUGGGGAUUAAAGAUCUUUAAUUUGUUGCAGAGUAAAAACAAAAAAGAAGAGAGAAUUCCCGAGU